AUGGCUGAUCAUUGGAAAAAUGAGGUGUCUCUCGGCCACCUGGGAAGAGCAACUUACGUCGGGGAGCUACAGGAAUGGAGAUUCUCGCGGGCGCCCAACCAAGGCUUUGUCUUCAAACUUGCGGGUGAAGCAAAUAUAAUCUCCCAUGGCACAAAUCCAGACCUUUCUCGGGAGCCGAGAAAUGCAAACGCCGUGACGAAGAGAACAGAGCAGAUGCUAUUGAACUUAUACCCAGAACUAACUCAUGGGCUUUCAAAUAUGGUUCUGGAAGAGGCAACUUCACGAGCUAUAACUUCUGCUUCCUCUCGUUUCGAGCCAAGCAGUCAUGAGUGUCUAGCGUUUGGGGACAUUGAGCUUAUGACGGACGACCGAAUAACAUGUCAAACAAUUCCAAUAAUGGUAUUCUCAACAGGGGGUCAAAGUUCGUCCCUUGCUCUAUGCCCAGGUGGCUGCAGCCGCAACACCCUAUUCCCAAGUGCCGCAUCCAACAUUGAUGACGACCAGUCUGUUUGGUGGAACGUACCUGGUGGCCCUGUGAAGCAGGUAUUAUCUUCAGAAUCGAUCCAGGAGCCAAAAAAAUGCUUUGCAGCCAGGCUCUCCUAUUCCACUACAAUAUUUAGCCCGAUUUACCACCGUAACCCGGUCCCAGUGAACUUAAACGAUAAUAGUUACGCGGAGUCAUGUCUAUUGUCACAUAUAGACCCAAAUCCCCUUGUAAAUAUACCAUGCGACCUGACAGGUGGCUAUCCCCAUGCUGAUGUAACUUUCAACCCUUGGUAUCAGCGGCAAAUCGCCGUGAUUGACUGUGCAGGAAAUUGGAGCGUUUGGGAUUUGCAACGCAGACAGCAGCGAAAAGCUGGCUGGUAUGCUGAACGUGGACCAAACGGCUCCAUAAGACUCCCUGAAUAUGAGAAAAGUUCCAAGCCAAUUGACCACUAUGACGGUUGGGGUGCAAUAUUAUGGGUCUGUACCAUCCACCAGUUGUUAGUUUGUGAUAGACGCAACGUUUAUAUCUGUCGUAUGGAUGUGCGUCCACCAGAACAGGAGGAGCUUAGCCUUGGUCUCGAGCUUCAUUCAGAGUGGGUUCUUGAUGCCCUACGAAGUCCAAAAACACCUUCCCACGUAUUUAUUCUCACAACGCUGAGAAUUUUUUGGGUACAUGUUCCGCCUCCUGAUGGCUCUCGUGUUAGCCAAAGCGACAAUUCUCACGCUGCAUCUAUUCUGCUUUCUUGGAGACAUUUCCGAGACCCAGAGGAUAUAAGUCUCCGGUUAACCCCGAUAUCCGUGGAAACAGACCUUUUCAUAAUGAUACAUUCCCGUCUGAAUCUGCUUGCUACGACUGUCCAGGCGCUUUCAUCUGACGACCCGUCCUACCCAGUGUCCAUAGGUGAUACAAGGAUUCUUCAUCUGCCCAAGGUCAAAAGUGAACAUACAGCAUGCGGAAUGAAAACAUCUCAUAAUACAGUAAACUUUUCUAGUAUAUCUUUCCAAGAUAACAGGAAUCCUGACUCGUAUUUGGAUGAUGAUAGCACCGACUCACCGAAAUCAGUUGCAUUUAUAGGACAACUAAUGGAUGGAAGACUAGUUGAAUGCAUAUAUCUAGCCACAGUACCGAAUCAAGAGAUAUCACCGGAUAUUAUUCCCAUCUCAGUUGGCAGGAAGAAAAGGCCUGCUAAAUACCACGCGAAGCUUGCUGAUGAAUCUGAUUUUGUCGUACAGGACGGGGAAAAGUCGCUUUUGAUACCCAUGUGCCUACCGAACAAGCCAACGAAGGCUGGUUCAUCGAUGGCCGUUCUUCCAACAUAUGAAACGCGAGAACAUUGGCAGCAGCAAUAUUCAUUAGCUACGUCUAUUCUCGAGCACAUGAAAAUCGCCAACUUCACUGAAAGUGAGAACACAACCUCUUUCGGAGACUGGCUGAAUGCUCUGAAAGGCCAAACUGCGGAGCUGAUUCCAGCCCUAACAUCCUGUUCAACUUCUCUUUUACUGUCAGAAGCCGUUCCGUCAUCUUUUUCGGUAGAUGAAGCAGAAAACAUUGCAAAGGCAUUUGACCAAUUCAUCCUAGAGUUUGCAGAUUCUGCGGACUGUAUGCUACCUGGGUUCCAAUUACGUAUUUUGCAACUACCAUCUACACUCACUUCUAAAUUCUCAAUGAUUGAACCAAAUACAUGGAAUGAUUACUCUUUGAUGGAACUUUACGAUACCAUGAUUUGUCUCUGGUUGGCUCCUUUGCCAGACGGGAUUCCAAACCGGCUCCGGGCGUUAAAAGAACAGACUAUUCGGGAAGUGAUUUCUGAACUUUGUAUUGCGAGUAUUAGGUUAUCCCGUUGGGGAGCUGAAGAAGCAGAGGACGGCAAGGAAGCUGGGUCAAGUUCGCUGGUCAAGCCUGAAGCUCACAGUGUUUCCGAGUUCAAAGGGCAACUGACUCAAUGGUCCGGGGGUGACGUUUCUUCAUCUCCACCUCGGACACGGGGUUUAAAUGACAACCAGACCGGACCUAUGCUGGCUUCACUUGCGCGGUACACUACCAUCCAUUGUCAGAGGCCAAUCUCACAAAAGACCAUCAACACGGCCACACACUGGGUAAAUGGAAGUGACCCCAGCCAGUAUGACUGGCAAGCUACCGUCUCCUUACACGAUAACUCACAAUCUGAAAACGACAACAAUUUUAAACGGCGUAAACGGAAAGAAAGGAGACCAUCCUCAUCCGCAGCGCAGUCACAACGAAGUGUUUCAGCCGACAUCCCAAUAACUAGGCCGUGGGGGAGCCAGCCAGAAACUAAUGCAUUCAGCUCUGGUAUAGGUAGCAGUCAAGUAAGUGAAGGUGGCUUUACGAUGACACAAGGAGAGCAAGGCGUAUUCGGAAGGAGGAAACCACUCCUCAAAUCCAAGAAAAAGAAACGUGUGGCAGGAUUUUGA